UACCUGCAUGCCAGCACAGUAUAAGAGGGAAGGGAAAUCAGUUUACAAUGCAUACAACACAGUUUAUUACUGAUGGGAGCUCAGAGGAGUUUUUGGCAGUCUUGAAAUUGUAUCCAGAUGCCCUCAAAAUCAAAGCAUCUCAGAAGAAGAAACGAGGAGAGAGCCUUGAGCAGCUGGAUAAAUGGUUCCAGGAAGAGCUAGGUCAGGUGGCACUAUCACGACAGCCUCCACACAUAACACUAGAAGAGCUGGUGCGUCUUAUGGACUGGAAGCUAUCUAGAGGGAAAUUUCGUCCACGCCUAAUGGACCUUGCUGCAUCCAAUAGUGAGGAAAGUGUUAAAAAUGCCUCUCAAGAAGGUAUUCAGCUGGCAACCCAAAGCAAAAUAAAACAUGCUAUUCAAGCAUUAGUUAUUCUGAAGGGUGUAGGCCCAGCAACAGCAUCAGGCAUACUAGCUGCAUGUGUACCAGAGAAGUGCUGCUUUUUUGCAGAUGAAGUAGCAUAUGCCAUUCCAAGUCUGACCUCACUUAAGUACACUGCUGCAGAGUAUGAACUGCUAAACUCUGAAAUGGUCAGCUGCGCAAAACGGCUCAAUUGUGAUUAUCAGAAAGAUCAGGAAGCAAAUAGUGCCAUUAAUGAGAAGUGGACACCACACAAAGUUGAAAUUACAGUUUGGACUCACAAUAUCCUUCACCAGUAUAAACCAGAGUUACUGUUAUGUGCAGAAGGAAAAAGAAAUACCGAUGAAAAGGAAGGACAGGUAUCAAAGAAACUUAAGACUUAAAACAGACUGACUUCAAUAAUUGUAAAUAAAGGAAGAGUACAAUA